CAGCAAGCAACAGAGUAACUUCACCAAUUCACCAUGGGUCAAAAGCAAUCUUCGUCCGAAGUCACCGACUCCGAGAUGGCCAUGACCAACAGAACUGAUUUGUCUUCCCAAUUUACAAACGUCAUGAGCAGGUCAUACCAGACGAAUGAAUGCUUCAACUGCGGUGCCGCACUGGAGGAUAGCAACUUGUAUAACUCGUCGACGAGCUCAUCGAGAACCCCGAAAUCAUCGACGGAACUUACCGUCCGAUGCCGUCAAUGUCGCGUUUGUGAUUCGACGAAUGUGAUUUUGGAGAAAUUCCGGGCUGUCAUCACAUCAUCCCCUCGUUCAAUUCCGAUUGCGUCGUCCGCCCAUAACGAAUCGAACCAAUUUAGCCAAACGAAUCAUCACCUUAUGAGGACUAAUUCAUCACAUAACAUGCCCAAUAACGCCACAAGCACUUUUACCGAGUCCUCGUCGACUUGUGUUUAACUCUAUAUAACCCUACAUUUUGUACAUUGAUGAAUAGCUGAGAA